AUGAUCUCUUCGAUCUUGGACCAGUUUAGCAUUCAAGGUCCAAAUGGAACAUAUAUUUGCUAUGUCGGGGCUCUAGCAAGAGCCAGUCUCGCGGGGUUAAAAGAUGAAUCGUGGAUUCGUUUGUUUCAACUCGAUGUUGCCCGCGUAUUAGCCGCGCAACUAGUUCUCGCUGUUGAAUAUAUACACGCCCAAGGAUAUGUCCAUGGGGAUCUUCAUCUAGGAAAUAUUCUUCUUGAAAUGCCUCCUGGAUUCAACCAGCUCUCCAUCGAAAGAUUAUAUCAGGAAUACGGAGAAAAUCCCGUCAUUCAUUUAGACAACAAACACAAACCGCUUCUACCUAAUAUACCAUCCCAUGGCGUUGUUCCUGUAUGGCUCGGAAAAGCAAGCGAAGAGAUCACUCCCGCAGAAGCGAAACUCCUCACAGACUUCGGCGAAGCGUUUUCCCCUUCGCAGGAAUCGAAAUAUGAAUCUCGUACGCCCCUGGUACUCCGUCCUCCUGAGGCUCGAUUUGAACCUGAAACGCCCCUCUCUUUCCCAUCGGAUAUCUGGACCCUUGCGUGCUCUAUCUGGGCUCUUAUCGCUCAAAGACCGUUAUUCGAGGGAUUUCUGGCUACCCAGGAUGAUAUGACCUGCGAGCAUGUUGGUGCUCUGGGUAUUUUGCCGCGUGAGUGGUGGGUGAAAUGGGAUUCACGACAUGGUAGGUUUACGGAGGAUGGCACGCCCAUAGGUAGGAAUCCAUAUCGAUCGUGGGAUGAUCGCUUCGAGGAUAGUGUGCAGCAGCUGAGACGAGAGAGUGGGAUGUUCCUGUUUGAUGAAGAGGAGAGAAAUGCGGUUUCUGUGAUGUUGCGGAAAAUGCUCGCUUUUAGGCCUGAGGAUCGGGUCACUGCGAGGCAGGUUCUUGAGGGAGUGGAUGGUGAAAUGGGCUUUACCUGA